AUGGACUCAUUCCUCAGCCGCAUACCUAGUGACCGUGAGUCUCCCGUAGCCACAACAAUCGAAAGGGAUUCUGAGGUAGAUGGCUGGAACCGCUUAGCCUCCGUCGACUCUUCCACUUCAACAAGUUCAAAGCGUAAACGUAUUACUACGGCCGAUGCAACCUGGGAACACACUCGAAAGCCUGAAGGUUCCGAACCUGAGCGCGCUGGUCCAAGACAAAACUUGGUAUUUUACUGCAAAUACUGCUGCAAUCCACCGUACUCGACGUACGUGUCUACCACAUUCCGCAGCCAUCUACUUAAGGUACACUCAGUUGAAGCCACUGGCUCAGAGCCGAAUUUAACAAAGAAAGCGCGCACAAACCUUCUUAGAGACGCGUUCAACAAGGCCGGUGAGAUUGAGCUUGUUAAGCUUCAAGUAAGAGAGGAGCAAGUUCUUCGAAGCGCACUUAACCCAAACGCUGCAAUGGAAGCCUUAGUCCAGUUGGUUACCGUACGCAAUCUUCCAUACAAUUGUAAUACCUGGCCAGAGCUGCAUUCUCUGCUUAUGGCAGCAAACUAUACGGCAGAAGAACUUAUCAGUACCUCCCACGGACAUAUCCAGAAACUUUGCACAAAUUCAUACGCGAUCCACAAAGAUAUACUUCGAAAACGGCUUCAGUCCUCCCCUGCCAAGCUUCACCUCUCCGCUGACGUCUGGAGCGCACCAAACCAUAAAGCGUUCCUUGGUAUAUGUGUGCAAUUUAUGCAGCAAGGCAUGGUGAAUCCCUGCCAAGCACUGCUUGCCUUACCUGAGCUUCCUGGCAUAGACGGCCCUGGAAGCCAUAGCGGAGCUGAGCAAUGGAAGCUCCUCCAGCCGGUCAUUGAGGAGUACGAUAUACUAAGCCAGCUAGGAUAUGUCACAGGGGAUAACCACGGUUCUAAUGACGUGCUCUGCCGUCUAUUGAGCCGAUUUCUUGAGGGACGAGGCAUUUCUUGGAAUGCAAAGCACAGACGCAUUCGCUGCCAUGGGCAUGUUGUCAACCUUUGCGUCCAGGCCUUUCUUUUCAUGGACAGCAAAGAGGCUGUGCUUGAAGCCUGUAAGCAAAUUGAGGAGAUGGACCAAGCGUCAUUCAACAUGGACAUGAUGCAGGGUUGGAAGAAGCGAAAGGAGCGUGGCUGGAGUCAACUAGGUCCGCUCGGAAAACUGCACAAUAUCGCAAUCCACAUUAGAGCCAAUGAUUACAGGUACAACCUCUUUCGGCGGCGUGCCGGCAAAGUUCUCGGGCUAGACAACGAUACACGCUGGAACUCGUGGUUUCUCCUGCUAGAUACUGCACUUGACAAGGAGGAGCAUGUUAAGUGGUAUCAGGACAAGUACUACGACACUCUUGUGGACGACUACCUAACACCACAAGAUUGGCAAAAUCUCCGCGAGACGCGGAACUUCCUUCAGCCAUUUUGGAAGAUAACUCUGCUUACUGAAGGCUAUCGCUCGACGCUGGAUCGCACGUUAUUUACGAUGGACGUCCUCCACAAGCACUACCAGCAAGCGUUCAACAAGUACAAGACGAACCAACAACUACUAGGCCCAAUCCUGACGAGCUGGCAUGUCUUCGACAAAUAUUACCAACUCUCUGAUGAGAGCCCGGCAUACGGUGCUGCACUAAUUCUCCACCCGUCCAGAGGAAGGGCUCAUAUACAGAAAAAUUGGCCCAAGGAAUGGCAUAAGAAGACUUUUACGGGAGUGAAGAAGUUGUGGGAAGACGAAUACAAGAAUCUACCGACCGUUUGUACUACUCCUUCCGUUGUUCCGGCGCCAGAACAGGAUGAGUACGACCUGAUCGCACAGGAGCUUGAAGUUAUCGGCACAGAGCCCGUCGUUGACGAGUACGAAUCCUAUAUCUCCCAGUCGCCCAUUCCAAUUGACUGCUCCCCGCUUACCUGGUGGCUCCGCGAUGAACAACAGGAGCGCUUCCCUCGAUUGUCAAAGAUGGCAAUAGACAUUUUGUCAGUACCUGCCAUGUCUGCUGACCCUGAGCGUACAUUUUCCGGAGCGCGGCGUACGAUUUCAUGGGAUCUCAUGCCCCUUGGAGCAUCGACAAUUGAAAGAGGGGAGUGCCUAAAGAGUUGGAUCCGCAGCGGCAUAACAGCAGGGCUACCAGCCGAGGAGAUCGAACAAUAUGGGAGCAUAUCAAGGGAGGGCAGCGCCAGCGGUUCUAUCGGUCUAGCGGAAGACAUGGACUCAUGA